UGUGAAUAAGAAAGAAACUGCUUUUAAAUAGGACUAUACAGCGACGUAUAUUGCCAUAUAGAUCCACUUUCAUUUAACAAUAUUUUCGUUGCGCACGUUGCCAUUUAUAAAGGUAAUGAAGCGAACAACGUUCACGAAAAAGUCUGGUAAAGGUGCAAGUGGUGUUGUAAUCCCAGGUACUCAUCCAUCUCUACACAAUGGUUUGCUCCUUGUUUCAACCGGGAUACCUUCAUUGGAUGUUGUUCUUGGUGGAGGAUUGCCAGUUGGAAGCAUUAUGAUGGUUGAAGAAGAUCUGUUCGGAAGAUUUUCCAAAAUUAUUCUGAAGUAUUACCUUGCUGAAGGCGUCAUGUGCAAUCACUCACUUUUUGUGGCCUCGUUUGAAGACAAAAACGAAGAAAUUUUGACACAGUUGCCAAAACCUGUAACCAAAGAUAUCUUGACUGGUUCUAAAACAGAUGACAUGAAGAUUGCUUUCAGAUAUCGUGAUCUUUCUACUGCUACAAACUCUCUGGAUGCUCCACCCAAAUAUGGUCAUUACUAUGACAUCAGCAGAACUAUGGAUAAAAUAGAUUACGAACAUUGUGGGAUCACAACUUUGAAUUUAAACAAACUUAUUAGAGAAGAUACUGUGGUUCCAGUAUCUACCAUGCUUAGGUCAACAUUAAACAAACUGAAUACAAUUGCAUCCGACAUCCAACACACUGCACCAAAGUCUAUUGUUGCAAAGACAAAACUAAACAUUAUCAGAGCAGCGAUUCCCGGUCUCGGUUCACCACUGUGGUGUGAAAACACUGAGGAUAAUGUAUCUAGUAUUGCAAGGUUCCUGCAUGCACUUAGAGCAUUAGCUCGUAACUCACUUAUGACAUGCGUGGUUACUGUCCCAACACACUUGUACACACCACACCAAGUAAAUGUCAUAAGGCAUAUGGUUGACUGUUCAAUUGAACUGGAGUCGUUUUCUAAAGAAAAGACGAACCCUGUGUUCAGUCAGUUUCAUGGUUUGAUUCGUUUGAAGAAGCUUCCAUGUUUAAACUCGCUUGUUCCUUUCAUUCCUCAAUCUCUUGACCUUGGUUUUGAACUCAAGAAAACAAAGUUUCAGAUUAAAUGUUUACACCUGCCUCCUGACAUGUCAGAUGGUGCAGCUGAAAGUGAUGGUAAAACGCAAAAGUCACCCUGCGAUUCAAACACUUUGCACAGAAAAUUGGACUUUUAAUCUGCUACAGACAUUUGUAUUGACGCAAAAAUACAGUGACAUUACGAAAAAAAUAAAAACCGCAGUGUUAA